UUGUUUUAAGAACAGUGCAAUACUAGCACCAACGUUAGAGGUGGUCAAUGAGGUCAACCAGUAUAUGUCUAACUUAACUGAGGGGGAAGGAAAGACAUAUUUGAGUUCUGACACAACGUGUAAAGGCGUUGGUUCCAGUUCAGUUCUUGCCGAUGUGCAUACACCAGAAUUCCUAAAUACCAUAAGAGCAUCCGGCCUUCCAAAUCAUUCUCUGACUUUGAAAGUGGGGUCUCCUGUAAUGUUAAUGAGGAACAUUGAUCAUAGUCUUGGUUUAUGCAAUGGAACUAGGUUGGUGGUAACAAGAUUAGGUAAUCAUGUUGUUGAAGGAAGCAUAUUAGCAGGUCCUAAUGCUGGGACUAAGGUAUUAAUUGCUAGAAUGACUAUUACCCCAUCGGACCCGAGAUUACCUUUCAAGUUCAACAGAAGACAAUUUCCACUUAUGUUGUCAUAUGCAAUGACUAUUAACAAGAGUCAAGGGCAGACGCUUUCCAAUGUUGGCUUGAUACUGAAGAAACCAGUUUUUGUGCAUGGCCAAUUAUAUGUUGCCGCAUCAAGAGUUAGUCAACCAGACGGACUAAAGAUUUUAGUAUGUGAUGAAUCAAAACAAGAUUGUAAUUCUACUACUAAUGUAGUUUACAAAGAGGUCUUUAAUAAUUUAUAA